AUGGUGUUUAUUGCUAAACUUUUCGUUUUGGCAUUAACUGCUGCUGCCACGCCUAUCCUUCGCCGCGAUGCUGUUACGGUUGAGAACGAUAUAACGCAAAAAAUCGGCCCGCAAGUCCAAGCCCUUGACAACGACGUUAAAGGUUUCCCCGCUAGUGGUUUAACAGGAGUACUUGCAAUUGAUAACGAUUGCAACGCUCUCGUUACUGUUGUAAAUGAUGCGACUAGCGAUAUCCACAACGCCGGCUCCUUUAGCGAGUCAGAUGGAACCUCUGUUCUUCAGGCCGCCAGUAACCUAAUCUCUAUAUUUUUGGGUACAUUGUCUGCUAUUACGAAUCAAGCAGCUGCUUGGGAAGGUUUUCCGGGGGACAAGCUCUAG